AUGGGCAAUUGCCUCAGUUCCACCAGUGAGGAGGCGGAGAGGAAGAAAAAGAGCCAAGCCAUUGAUCGCAUAAUCGAGGAGGAUUCCAAGAGACUGAAGAAAGAAUGCAAAAUCUUGCUGCUAGGCUCCGGCGAGAGCGGGAAGUCGACCAUUGUCAAGCAAAUGAAGAUUAUACAUCUCAAGGGCUACUCGGACGAGGAGCUUUACAACUACAGACCCACCGUCUUCAAAAACUUGGUUGAAUGCGCCAAAGCCAUUAUUACCGCCAUGCAGCAGUUUGGUAUUGAGCCGCAAAUAGACGACAACCGCCAAUACAUGGCCUUCUUGAUGGAAUACCAAGCAGAGUCUGGUCCUCAGGCGCAGAUUGACCCCCAGGUCGGAACCGCUGUCCAGUCGCUCUGGUCAGAUCCCGCCAAAGAUCGGCUCAUGGAACACCAAACCGAAUUUUAUCUGAUGGACUCGGCCGAAUACUUCUUCCAAGAAGCGAUGCGCAUUGUUGCGCCAGGCUACCUUCCCAAGGAAAUGGAUGUCCUGCGUGCUCGUACCAAGACAACUGGUAUCUAUGAAACCCGAUUCCAGAUGGGUGCACUCAGUAUUCACAUGUUUGAUGUCGGUGGGCAACGCAGCGAGAGGAAGAAGUGGAUUCACUGUUUUGAGAAUGUGACGUCAAUUAUCUUUUGUGUCGCCCUCUCUGAAUAUGACCAGGUCCUCUUGGAAGAGAGUAGCCAGAACCGAAUGAUGGAGAGUCUCCUGCUGUUUGAUUCGGUUGUCAACUCGCGAUGGUUCAUGCGAACGAGUAUUAUCCUGUUUCUCAACAAGGUGGACAUUUUUAAGCAAAAGCUCGUUCGAUCGCCACUGGCAAACUACUUUCCAGACUAUUCCGGCGGCAACGACGUUAACAAGGCCGCCAAAUACUUGCUAUGGAGGUUUAAUCAGGUGAACCGAGCUCAUCUCAAUCUCUAUCCCCACUUGACGCAAGCCACAGACACAUCGAAUAUCCGACUCGUCUUUGCGGCGGUCAAGGAGACUAUACUGAGCAAUGCGCUGAAAGAUACCGGCAUUAUUUGA